GUCACAGUGGCGCUACCUACCAGUAAGUCCCACUCAUUCCCUCAGUCAAGAGCCGUUAGUGUCUGAACCGGAGGACUCAAGUUGAAGGCAUUGUACAAUGGCCGAAGAAAAUAACGUUGCCGAAGCGAAGGAAGAGGUGCAGGAGCAGAAGCAGGAGGUGAAGGAAGACACCAAGGCACAAGAGGCUGCCAAGGAAAAAGAAGCCGAGCAGGCUGCCCCAGCUCCUGAACCACAGCCUCCCAAGCCCAUUGUCCAUAAGACAAAUUUCGAAAAAGAUGUCGUAUAUCUUUUUCAGUUUUCCCGAACCCCAGUCAUCCCCUCAAUGUCCCCUUACUGCCUCAAAGUUGAAACUUGGCUCAGACUUGCUGGAGUUAGAUAUGAGAAUAUUGACCACAAAAUGAAGUUCAAGUCAAAGAAAGGACUGUUGCCUUUUGUUGAACUUAAUGGAGAAGAAAUUAAUGAUAGCGCAGUUAUUAUUAAAGAAUUGUCUCAAAGGUUUGACAAGGACCUUGACGCUGCUUUGGACAGUAGUCAGAAGAAUGUUUCACAUGCAAUGAUUUCUAUGAUUGAAAAUCACUUAUUCUGGGUGUUGAUGUGGUGGCGAACAAAGCAUCCUGACAAUAUAAUUAAAGGUUAUAAAAUGAAUCUGCAACAUUUUCUUGGAAGCCGGAUACCAAAUGGUCUCCUCAGUCUUUUUUUCAAGUAUAGCUACACAAGAAAGGGAUUAAGAAAAGUUAAAGCACAUGGAAUUGGAGUGCACAAGCCAGAAGAAAUCCUUGAAUUUGGUCAAAAUGACCUUAAAGUUUUGUCUGAAAUGCUUGCUGAUAAACCAUUUUUCUUUGGAGAUGAGCCAACUACGUUGGACGUUGUAGCAUUCGCUAAUCUAGCCCAGAUUUACUUCAUCGACAAAGAAUUACAGUAUCCGCUGCAAGAUUUCAUGCAAGAAAACUGUGCCAAUCUAGUUGGACAUGUAAACAGGAUGAAAGAGAGGUGUUUCUCUGAUUGGGAAGAUAUUUGCACUACAUUGGACCUCAAUUCACACCUCCCUAAACCUCCUCCAGAAGAAAAAGAAGUCAAAGGAAAAGAUGAAGAAAAAAAGGCUGAAAAAGAAGGUGAUAGUGAUAAGGACGAAAAGGAAAAGUCGGAAAAAGAAAUUGAAAAAGAAAAUGAGAAGGAAAGUGCAGAUAAAGAAAAUAAAGAAAAAGAAAAAGAAGAAAAGUGAAUAGGUGUCAUUAAGUGUUGAACUCUCUCCCUCCACCAUAUACCACCUUACCCCUCCGUGUUCAGACACCACCUAGCUUCUUACUUUUUGAGAGUUUAUAUUAUCUUUUUUUAUAUAUAUAAAUAAGUCUAUUAUACAUUUCUUGUUAGGGCCAGCAAGGCCUUAACUGUUUUGUAUGUGAAGAUUACAUCUAGAGCAGUACAUUAUUUAUUUUCAUUCCAUUGAAAACAGAUUUUUAAGUGUUUCUAUGUCAAUUUGUUUUAUAUUGUAGACAUGUAGCUGGUUUUAAAGAGAUCGAACUAUUUUUUAAAAAAAUGUAAUGUUAUAUUAUGUAAGUAAGCUAACUGUGUAUUAUAAAAAAGUUAUAUAUGUCUUGUUUAUAUUUAUUAUAUAUAGCAUGUUUAGAAUUUCUGUUUUCAGUAUAGUUAAAUUAUUUAUAAAAAAAAAAUAUUGUAUAAAAUGUUUGGUCAUUUUAAUACCAGCAUAGAGUUUUAGAUAAAUUGGUUAGAAUGAUAGAGAUAGAAGAGGUGUUUUGAUACGUAAUUAUUAUAAAAGAAAGAUUUUCAUAGAGUUUUUUAAUUCUGUAUAAAAAAAAUGAAAAAAAAUGAAAAACUCGCUCAAAAUUGUUGAUCUGCUCAAAAAUAUACCCUGGCUGGAGGGGAAUAGUGCGAGAUCUGAUGCCAUCUUGAUUAUUGGUUAGGGACCAUCUUGAAAUAAACUUGUCCAUUGCCAUUGCAUUUAUUUAACAUAAUCAAGUGGCGAUCACUACUUUACAUAUUCUUUCUGUUAUACAUUAUUACUAUUCUACCUAUUUAAACAUGAAAUUUUAAUAAAAUUUUAAAGAAAAUUAUUAUGUUGUAGCAAACCCAUGUGCAUACAUUUAUUUAAAAAAAUAAAAAAAAGUGUUUAUAUAUAAUAUAUACAUAAAUUAUAGAUUUCUUUCCAUGACAAAACUGCUUGUUUGUAGCUUAGAAUAGUUAGUUGUGUACAUUUUAAGAUUUAUUUAGUUUAACAGUUAAAUGUGUUUUAUAUUAUAUGAAAUAAAUGGGCUUUAUAUAAAACUUUUUAAAUUGUUAUCAAAUGCCCUAUUGUAUGAAAGUAGAGUGUAUUAUGUGUUAUCUCCAGCCCUAAAUAACCUUGAAGAAUUUUUUAAGUUAUGUGGACUCAUAUCAAAUUAAAGAUCCACAUUAACUACCAAAGUUGUUAGGCUGUACCUAUUGUAUUUUUUUAAUUGAUUUAAAAAAUUGGAAAAUACUCAAAAUGCGUUUAUUAUAAUUAACUAAGCUACAUUACUAUUAUAAUCUUUGAUAUUAUUGUGACUAUUGUAGCUUCUCUUAUGCUUUUUAACGGAGCUGUAACUACACAAUUGCCUAAAUAAAAUAAAAAUAUAUGUGUAUAUUUAUGUUUUAUUUAUUUAAUAUUGUUGUCAUCAUAUAUUUAUAAAUGUUUCCUUCAGAAUAUUUUGCCUGUGAAUCAAUGAAAUAAACCUCCUAUUUAUCUUAUG